UCACGUUACCCCGCGAUAUGCAAAUGAGCCGUCAUAACAAUGAGAAACAUGGCGGCGUUUCGAGGCAGUGCCACGGAAUUCCUCUGGAUUUCGUAAUUUUUUUCCCGUUUCUGAGGAAUCCAAGCCCGUGUGACACUACCAGACUAUCGCCGAAGCUGUUCUUAAAUACUUAGAUUGAGAAAAAUCUGGUAAAAGCGCUCAUCGAGUGUUGAACUUGACAAAAAAACUCGCCGAAACCCAGCCGAUGUUAAGCAUGAUGGGCGGCUGUCUAUCUGGGUUGUUGAGCAAGGAAGAGAGAAGAUCUGUAACACUUCUGACAGUAGGACUAGAUAAUGCUGGCAAGACGUCCACCAUCAAAGUAGUUAGUGGAGAAAACCCGGAGGGGGUUGCAGCAACUGUUGGAUUUUCCUCCCAGGAGUUUAAAAUAGGACGUUAUGACAUCACCACCCUGGAUUUGGGGGGUGGGAAGAACAUCCGUGGGAUCUGGCCGCGUUACUACGCCGAGGCGCACGGAUCAGUGUUCGUGGUGGACGCCAGCGACAGAGACCGGUUUGACGAGGCCCGGACGAUGUUGGAGGAUUUCCUGGGGGACCCGCGAAUUUCAGGAAAACCAGUGCUGGUCCUGGCUAACAAACAGGACGUAGAGGGAGCAGCAGAUGAGAAUGAUGUGUGCAGUGUUCUGUACCUGGAACAGAUGGUCAACAAGUACAGAUGUCCAUGUAAAAUUGAGCUGAGCUCCACAGCAGCAGGGUUUGGUAAGAAGGUGGACCCAAACAUCAGCACAGGUUUCCGCUGGCUGCUGGACCAGAUCGGGAAAGACUUCUCACACCUCAGUGUCAGGAUAGAGAAGGACCUGGAGGAACAGAAGGAGAAAGACGAAAAGGAGAAGAAAGAAAGAAGAGAAAGAGUGGCAAGAGCCAGAGAAGAGAGGAGAAGAAAAGAAGAGGAAGAGGCCAGGAGAGAAGGCAGAACUAUUGAGAAGAGCGAUGAUGAAGAAGAAGCAGAUUUUGAAGGAAACCCUUUCAAACCCAUGGACAGAGUAAGGGCGGAUCUUGCAAAGAGGGACCAAGAAAAGAAGGAGAGAAAGUUAAGAGAAGCAGCAGAAAUGGAGGAAAACGAAGAGAAGAAGAAAAAGAAGAAGAAGAAAAAGAAGGCGAAAGACCCAGAUAACGAGCAGCUGGAGAGAUUAGAGGGUAAGGAGAGGUCAGAGGAAGACACGACGACGUCAACAAGCAACAACCACUCCUCGUCUCACUCCGACGCCUCGCCGCAGCAGUCCUCACGGAAAGACGACGAAGACGAAGGCAUCGAGAUCACGCCCUCGAACUCUGACCUCAUGCAGCAGAAAACGGAGGAGAGUAGAGAAGAGAGAAAGGAGAAGAAAAAGAAGAAGAAGAGGAAGAUGAAGAAGAACAACCGGGUUGCCCCCGGUGAUCAGGAGGAGCUGGAGCAGAACGACACGCCCUUCCCAUCACCCCGCGGGGCGCGCGCCAUCCUGCCACCCAUCGGGCCCCCGGGAGAGAGGAUGCUGGGAAGCCGGGCAAGCAGAAAGCCAGCACUGGAGCCGCUGACGGAACCCAGUAAUGAAGGAGUGGCAAAGUGGUCUCUAGCAGAGGAUUUAGAAGAGCCCAUGUCAGUCAGACCCUUCAGACCAAACUCAGACGACGCUGACAUCAUCACAUGAGGACUGUGGGAGGGACAGAUGAUUGACACUUCAAGGGGAUGAUUGACAGGUGCAGGAAAUGAUUGACAGCUGCAACAAGCGAUUGACGGGUUUCUCCAUGGACUACAGUAUGGUGUAGUUAGGAAUGGGAAGGGGAUGAAGCAAUAUUUUCAAACUUCAGAAUAAUCGUCAAGAAACAGCAAAGAUUGACAGAUGUGCAGUAGCAGUGGAUGAAGUGUAAGAUAGGGGGCACUACAUGUGCUGAGCUUCUAAAUGUGUGAAUAUUGUUGGGAGAAUCAUUAUCUAUGUACAAUAUGGAGAAGCCCCCAAUGUUUAAUCUCCACGCAGAUGUUUUGGUAGCCAAUGCAGCCUGUAUCCAAUAGGCAAGAUAAUGGCUAAUAGGCUUAAUUAGGCUGGCUGUCAGAAAACGGUAACAAUCUUCCCUAAAACCUUUGCUUGUGCUUGGAGAGUACCCAAUGUGCCCUUGUGCUUCCACUAGAUGCCUAAUAGUUAUGCCUGUCUACUGUUCAAGAGCAUGAGAAUUUUGAAAACUGAAAAUGGUCAGAAGAACAUACAGGCGAAAUAUUGAUAU